GAGGAUCGGUAGUGAAUUGCGCAGGCGCCUGAGGCCUUGCUGGGUCACGUGGCGUCUGUCAUGGCCGCCUCCAUGGCGGGGAGAAGCGUGAGAGCCGGAUCGUUGAUGCGGGCGGCGGGAGGCGGCCUGUGGCGGGGCCCGGGGUCCUGCAGACCGGACUCGGGGAGAGCUGUCGCCCAGUCGCCGGUCAGGCCCAGGGGUUUCCGGAGCACAGGCCCUUGCCCCACGGAGGAGAAGCGGCAGCCGGACCCGGAAACUCUCUCCGGGGACUUGGUGAACGUGGUGUUCGUGGACCGCUCGGGGAAGCGGAUCCCCGCGAGUGGGCGAGUGGGCGAGGACGUGCUGCGCUUGGCCCAGCGGCACGGCGUCGAUUUGGAGGGAGCCUGUGAGGCCUCUCUGGCCUGUUCUACCUGCCAUGUCUAUGUGAGUGAAGAGCAUUUGGCUGUUUUGCCGCCGCCUGAAGAAAGGGAGGAUGACAUGCUGGACAUGGCCCCACAGUUGCAAGAGAACUCGAGGCUGGGCUGCCAGAUCAUCUUGACAAAGGAGCUCGAGGGUGCUCAGUUCACUUUGCCGAAAAUCACUCGAAACUUCUAUGUGGAUGGCCAUGUCCCCAAGCCCCACUGACAAGGAGGACCAGCCGAGGGGUCUGGAGGCACCUGCUGCUGCUGCUGGACACAUGGGCUUGGUAGCUGCUUGGCUUGAGCAUGGGACUCCCUUAACGGACAUAUAGCCCAUCUCUUGCCCUACUCUUCUCAGGGCCUAGCCCUGUGGACCAAAGUGGGUCAGUUGUGGAUACCUUAUACCGGACCAGAGGGGGCUCAGAAGAGAAGCCAUGAAGACCCCUUUUCUUGGGAGGAAUCUAUACUUGUGCUCUAGAGGAAAAAGCCCCUCUCGUGCUUCAGCCUUGGCAGGGGAGGGGAUGGGGCUCCUGGGCCCCCAAACUAGGGGAGUCUGUUAGAGCCACAAUAAAACACUUUGUUCACCAG